AACGCUUUUUGAAAGGGAAGGUUCAACUUCAAUCUGUUGAUGUUUCAAGUUACGACUGCGUUCACAUGAUCUAUAAUUCAUCUGUACAUGUAAUUCAACGUCAUAAGAUCGUAGAGCUAGGCUUUCAGGUUUAAAGAAACCAACGGUCAAGAAUGAACGGCCAUAUCAUUCCCAGAACACCAAUCGCUGUUGAUUACUGGAGAGUCAAUGGAAGACAGAAUCACUACAUCCAUUUCUGCACACAUGUUCAUUCUGAUCACAUCAGUGGACUGAACUCAACAUGGAGAGGGAAAAUUUAUACAUCAGCGCUUAAUGCCAAGCUUCUUUGUCAUAUUACUGGAGUGAAGUCCUCUCUUAUCGUCGCACUUGAAGACAAGGAAAGCUACGUUAUCCCAAUAGACGAUGCAGGCCUUGAAACGCUCACAGUUUCAGUGAUACCAGCAAAUCAUAUUCAAGGAGCUGUGAUGUUUUUAUUUGAUGGCUACUUUGGACGUAUUCUCUAUACUGGGGAUUUUAGAUAUAUGCCAGGAAUCCUUGAUGAUGUAGACCUGAGAGAUAUUGAUAUUCUUUACCUGGACAACACAUACUGCGAUCCAGCAUGUGUAUUUCCUACUCGACAAGCUUCGAUUGAAGAAAUAAUUGAUAUCAUACAACAGCACCCUGAUCAUGAGGUUGUGAUAGCCGUGGACAACGUUGGCAAAGAAGAUAUUCUGGUACACGUUGCUAAUGAACUGAAUGAGUACAUCUCUAUAGAGGCUAACCACAUGGAAUUACUGGAACUACAACAGGUGCCAGAUGUCUUUACUAUGGAACCAGCUCGCAUUACUGCUAGGCACCUUUCGAAGGUGACAAGUAAAAUGGUCGCUGCCCUGAACAAAGUCGCACCGACGAUUGCAAUACUGCCAACAGCUCGCUAUUGCGGUCUUGAUUCGGAGGCCUACACCAAAAACAAAAGCAUGUUCCUCGUACCCUACUCGAACCAUUCGUCAUAUGCCGAGCUGAGCGAAUUUGUUUCCCUCGUUAGGCCAGCGUCGAUAAUCCCAGUCGUGGCCCCGUCCCUGUCGCGCAGAAUGUUCGGGAUGGAUGUGAAUAGGCGUGCCGACAUGUCGUGCUUUCGGAAACUCGUGCGCGUGGAAACGCGGCCGCAAGUCGUCGCUGCCACGCCGCCGUCCGUCAAAAGGUACAUGAAGAUAGGAGCCUGCAGGCACACUAACGGGCAAACGUCGGCCAAGCGCGCUCGUCGACGUACGACGAAGGUCGUUCGUAGGUCCAACGCGAAGGGCGUGCGUUUCGUUUGCGAAAGCAUCGACAGCGUGGUGGAGAACGGUUCUGUCGAUGGCGGAGACUCGUUUCGAAACAAGGUAGCAUCAGCGGCGGCUGAGAAUCACCGCGGCGACUGUGGUAACGACGUGCGGCUAACGAGUGACGCUCAGGACCCGAGCAAAAUUGUGAAUGAUCGGUUACUUCCCCAGCGGUUGCCGAUAGAUGGGGAUGGACCAGAUUUUACAACUGCAGAGGAGGAGAUGGAAGUCACUGCUAGCCACUGUUUGGGAGAAAACAAAUCGGUUGAAGUAUCGCAGUCAGACUGGGAUAGUCAUGUACUACAAGUGAAUAGCAAUCCACAUGCGAGGACCUUGUCAGAAUAUUUUUCGGUGGAAAAUCGGUGGCGAAUGUCAGCAAGGUUAAUUCAAGCCACCAGCGCUCAAAGCACGCGUGCAUGUGAUCGGAACUGUAACAGCUACUGUAAUCUUCCUAAUGGAAAAGCUCUAGAAAUAGAAAGAGAGUUUUUGAGGGGCUUUAACUGGAUUAGCAUAAUGAACGAGGGCGUGUUAUCUAACAAGUAACAUGGUGCGUUCUGUGCUAUCGUUUUACAACACAGCAUUAUGCAACUUUGAAUAGUUAUAUUUUUUAUAUGAUCCUUUGUAUAUAGGUUAUUAUCACAAUGCUAACAGUGGGCAGGCGCUGGUACCACACAGUGUGCACGUGAUAACGGUGGAAGAUUCCAGUAUGUAUUUUCUCUGGAGAAGAAUUUUUGUGUGUGGCAAUGCUGUGAAAUAUCAAUUCCUGCAUUCUAGGCAUCACUAAGUAUGUACAAAAUUUGGAUUUUUGUACAUAUUCUUGUACGUGUUCACCAAUAUGAAGCUGCACCAUUACUGCUUUCCAACUUAUGCUUAUGUGAUUCUUCGCUAGGGGGUUUGGGUUAUUGUCCGGGGAAUGUUUGAGCACCCUGUGUGAAAUAAUGCAAUUUCUCGCACUCUAGGCAGUGAAUACUGCUCCAGAACGUUCGUAUUUCGUGCCAGUUUUGUACAAAUAAAAUGAGAAAAACUUGUCACGA